AGUUGGCUGCUCAGGGCCAGGGCAAGAAGAGCUGAAGGAGGCCAGCAGCAUGGGUCUCCAGGAGGCUAUUAGUCCAGGGCCCAGCUCCCUGGGUCUCAGCCUGCUCCUAGCUCUGCUGCACACAAGCCCUGAGGGCAUCACUGGACACUCAGCCUCUCUGCCACCUGGCUGCCUGACGGGCCUGCUGAGGGUGUCCUGCCAGGGCCUGGGCCUUCACACAUUCCCAGCAGCGUUGCCUUUGACCAUAGAACAGCUGGACCUCUCUCACAACCGCUUGCAAGUUCUACGGGACAACGCCAUGGAAGACAGGCCAAAUCUGCGUCACCUGGACCUCCGGGGGAACGGGCUGGAGGAGCUCUCCAUGGGGGCCCUGCUGCCCCUGCGCUGGCUCCAUGCUCUCAUUCUCGCAGACAACUCCUUGAAUCGGGAUCACGUGUCCAACAGCCGGGCGCUGCGGCUUCUGGGCCACCUGCGGCUCUUGGACCUCUCCGCCAAUCGCCUGGACAGUGACAUGGCCACCUUCUACGUGGCCAAUCUCAGCUCCUUGUGGAGUCUGGACCUCUCCAACAACCUUAUCACCCACCUGGCACGUGGCACCUUCCUGGGCUCCCCCAACCUGUUGGACAUUAACCUCAGUGACAACUACAUCCUACAAAUCGAAGCUGGGGCUUUCGAAGGUUUGCUGCAGCUGCGGGAGCUCUCCCUGGCUAGAAACUCCCUGCACUGCAUCUCCGAUUUCAGCCUCAGGGCCCUGCGGCGACUCAACCUAAGCUCCAAUGCCCUGCAGCUCUUUGCCACUGAGGAGGGAAGUUGGGGCUACCAGCUCCAGGUGCUGGACCUGAGCCACAAUCAGCUGAGGGCCAUGCCAUUGCUUUCAGCUCUGCGCCAUCUCCACCAUCUCAACCUCUCAGACAACCAUCUGGCCUCCCUGGAGCCCCAUGCCCCACCCUCUACUCAAGGCACUGGCCCUUCAGACCAAGAGGUGAGCAGGCCAAAUCUGCUCCAGAGUGGCUCUGAGCCAGCGGCCAGCUUGCCUGAGCUCACUGACCUUGACCUCAGUAGGAACCAACUGGACACACUUCCAAUGGGCUUCCUUAGCCACCUCUCUUCCCUCCAGAGACUCAGCAUGGCCUGGAACUGUCUCCAGAAUAUGUCAGCUCACCAGGCCAGCCCUAGGCUGCCUCUUCUGCCCCUGAGGUCUCUGGAUCUCCGAGGGAAUUGGAUUCAGACUUUUCCCAGCUGGGUCUUUGAAAUCCUGCCCCAUCUUGAAGUCUUGGAUUUGGGAGACAAUGAGCUCCGGCUAUGCUGGAGGCCAGAGGGUGGGCAAGAUGGGCCCUUGCAAGGGACCCUUCGGCCGUUCAGCUCUGCCUUCCACCUGAGGCACCUGAGCCUGAGUAGAAACAGGCUGAAGGGGCUGUGCCUCCCCGGAUUUCCCCCUGCAGCCUUGUUCUCUCUAGAUCUCUCAGGUAACACAGGGCUAGCUCUGGUGCCCAGUGACCUGCAGGGCCUGCAGCAUUCUUUGCAUGAGCUCUCCCUCCGAGGGAACGGCAUGGAAAGUGCCCACUUGCGGCUUCCCUGCCUUCGGGAACUGCGAGUCUUGGACCUCUCAGGCAAUAAGCUGGCUAAGCUGCCCUGGCCCCUCCACUGCUCCUCAUAUCUGCGGAGCUUAGACCUGCGCAAAAAUCUCCUCCAGGCCUUAGACACAGAGGUCUUGGGCAGCUUAGGUGGCCGCCUCAGCUCUGUGCUCAUCACAGGCAACCCCUUCUACUGCUGUACCCUGGGCUGGCUGGCUGCUUUGGCCAGUGCCAACGUGAGUGUGCCAGACUUAGAAGAAGCGUGGUGUGUGUACCCAGACAGUGAGGGGGGCUCCUGGGCCCCCCUGACCGGGAACCACACUCACCUCUGUACCUGGUGGCAGUGGCGGGGAACUCAGGCCGGGUGGGUGCUGCUGGCUGUCAUAGGCCUGUUCCUCAUCUGCUGUGGGGUGGCCACCCUGCUGCGGAACAGUCCAAAGCUUCCCUGGGUCCUGCAACUUAGGAAGAGUUGGGCCUGCCCAAAGCCAGAGCCAGACAACAACCAGAAGACCGUGGGUAGGGAGAGCCUGGGCAGGCCUUCCCUGGAGAGAAGGGGCCCAGAGCAGAAGUAGAAGCAGGCAGGAAAUGCCCGAGUAAAGAUUAGCAGCACAGGCCGCACCCUGUGCACACUUCUCUCGAGCAGCUCCUUCUCGUAGCCCUGAAGGCCUCAGAUGGGGACAAACUUAGGCCUUCUUUUCGAGCUUGUGUGUCUCCAGUGAUCCCCUAAUAUGUGUGCUUCUGGGAGGCAUCAGUGAUCCCCUGGAGGAUGACACGAGUUCCCACUGAAUCUCUCUGACUAGAAGCCCUUUGGCCUCUAGACCAGUUCAGGAACUCAUACUUGGUCAUUUCUUUUUUGCAAUGUUGUUUGGUUCUUGGGACCCUUAACAGAGAAACCCAGCUCUGGGUUUACAUACACAAAUCAAGUUCCGUCUCAGAAGGAAGCAGGGUUCUCUCUGGCUCCUGCCCCGUAACCCUGGGAGCAUCAGAAUGUAGCUCAUUUUAGGACUCUGCAGAAAACACAAAUAAAACAUUAAAAAGAGUCAUCGGUUCCCAUACAAGCACUCAGACUGACAAUACACUGAACACAAGACAACCUUGAUUUCACCUUCCAGGCAAUGCAAAACACAAAGGCCUCACACUUGAGCCCAUAAAACAGGACAACCCCUUCCUUCCUCUCUAAUGAGCCUCAUCUUCACCAGAGACCUAUACCAUCUCACAUUGUACAGAGCCACUAGAAGG